AUGAAAUCGUAUGCUAUUACGAACAUAGUCGUUGGAUCUGUGGCAGCAGUUGUAGUUUUAAUUUCGUGUUGUUUUUACCGAAAGAAGAAGAGUCCUCCACUGACUCCGACUGUGACCGGUGAUUCUCCGGCUAUUCCUCCGCGGCCGAAGCCGUUACCAGCGAAUCGUCAUGUUGAAAAGCGUGAAGAUUUUACGGUAGAAAAGGGAAACAUAAUAUACAAUAUACUGUUAGAAUACGCACGGGGGAGUCUAUCGGAUCGACUCAACUCAGGCCGUGGAUUAGAAGAAAACGAAGUCAAACAAUAUGCGAAAUCGAUUCUACUAGGAAUUCGUGAAGUCCAUAAUCGUGGAUUCAUACAUUGCGAUAUCAAACCAUCAAAUGUUCUUCUGGUUGCUCACGCGGAUACAGGAAAAGUUACAGCAAAGAUUGCUGAUUUUGGGGUUGCCCUACAUCAGAGUCAAUGUAAAACAACUAAUGGACGACUAAGGGGAACCGUGUUAUACAUGGCACCGGAGGUGGUCCUAGAGGAUAAAUACGGACCCCAGGUUGAUAUUUGGAGUUUCGGUUGCACUGUCUUCGAAAUGAUUACAGGAAAACCAAUAUGGGAAUUAGACGAAUUGUGUAUAAUUAGGAUGGAAUCACCAGACUUACAAAACAGCAAAUUGUCCAGAUUAGCGGUGGAUUUCUUGAGAAAAUGUUUGGUUAGGGAUCACCGAGCUCGAUGGACGUCAGGUAUGUUGCUCCAACACCCUUUUCUUUCUUCUUUCUUGUUGAUCUUGUUUGUGUGUUUUUCCAGUUUUUCAAAGAAAAAGAGUGCUAGUCGUUGUUUAAUUGAGAAUAUGGUAUAUAGCUUUCAGUAACGUGAAUAGAUUCUGAAUGGAACCUUUUUCUGAUUAUUUUUUAAAAUAUAUCUAAGUUUAUUCUAUACGUGGGUAGUGGAUUCAGGUAUUUCAACUUUUUUUUGUGUAUCGGACAAUCUGUUGGAGGUUAUUACACACGCACU